AUGCCUCGUGCUCUGGCCAAGAUAGGCGAUCUGAUCAUCGCAGAAACAGAAGUUUGGGAGACGGUGGAAGACAAUAUUUAUUUUCCCAUAUCAGCAAUCAAAGAUCCUUCGAUCCUCCAGCACUCAGACCGGUCAACAUUUUGUUCCUGGAAGGGCCAUGCUUCAUACUGGCAUCUUAAUUUAAAUGGGGAAGUAAUCGAGAAUGCAGCAUGGUAUUAUCAAUAUCCAUAUGAUGCCGCUGCUCACAUCAAGGACCACGUUGCUUUUUACAAGGACAGGGUUGAAGUAGUGGAAGACUACUAA